AUGCCAAAGGCAAAAUCUUCAUUAUCAAGAAGAACUUCAGAUUAUAGAAGAGUUCAAAAUACGAGGCUACCAGAGACUGCUGAACAACGACAGAAUCGAUUAUCGAAAACGGCUCGGCGUAAUUCAACCGUUCGUGCGCUAGAGGAUUCUGUUCAGACCGAACUUCGAUUAUUACAGGAAAGUGUACAGAUAGGAGACAGGAUAACCCGUGAGUUAACGGUUCAACGAUCAACGCGUCUUGAACCACAGCGUAAUAAUGUGAUCGAAGCUACAAUUCUUACGGGUCCAGCCGUCGCGGAGUUUGCUUUUAUUCCAAGAAUUCCUUCGAUUUCUUCAGACUUGACGAUUGAGUUAAAAAGAGUGCAAUUUCCAGUUAGAGUUUCUUUCGCAGUCACCAUCAAUAAGUCGCAUGGGCAGACAUUUACAUGUGUGGGAGUUGAUCUACGCGAAAAUUGUUUUUCGCGUGGUCAGCCAUACGUAGCUCUCUCCAGAAUCGGAAAUAAAUUGUGA